AUGCAGCCCAAGCAUAUACCCAACGUCGAUGCUAUCCGACAUGGCGAGAAGCACUCGGGCGAACUUCGUCUGACCGAUCACCACAUCAUAUUCUCAUCUCCGAACGUGUUUCCUGAUGGGGUAACGCCGCCGCCGAAUGCGCCGAAGACCCGCGAGUCCUACAUCGCGUACCCCAUCAUAGCUCACUGCACCUUCCGACCAUGCCCGAGCGUGACGGGGCGCCCCUCUUCGAUACGGCUACGUGGUCGUGACUUUACCUUCAUAAACCUCGCCUUCAAGGAUGAGGUUGGUGCGCGAGAAGCUUUUGAGUUCAUUCGCAACCGAACAUGCCGCCUUGGUACGAUCGAAAAAUUAUACGCUUUCUGCUACCAGCCCUUGCAAGGGGAGAAACAGCUGAAUGGGUGGGACUUCUAUGACCCGAGAGCUGAGUUUCGGCGGCAAGGCAUCAGCACCAAGUCGGUGGAUAGGGGCUGGAGGAUCUCCCUGAUAAACAAGGACUACGCUUUCUCCCCAACCUACCCCGGGCUGCUGGUCGUCCCCUCCAAGAUUUCCGACAAUGUCAUCAAGUAUGCCGGAUCAUAUAGGUCUAGGCAGCGGAUACCCGCCUUGACCUAUCUUCAUUCCCUUAAUAAUUGCUCGAUAACUCGCAGCUCUCAGCCCUUGGUUGGCUUCAGGGGAAACCGCAGUAUUCAAGAUGAGAAACUUGUCAGCGCCUGUUUCUCUGCGUCGGCCACAGUCGAGUUUAAUACGCUCGAAGCGCACUCACAGGGCAUGGCUGAACCCAGUCCAUCUUCCAGCCAGGCCGACUUACGCGCAGCUAGUCUAGAUGCUGAGACCACGGACACGGAGCGCCUCGAGGACGAGCUCAUAGCCGGCGGUGACGCUAAUAUCGACACCAAAACCGGUAAACGGCUGAUAUAUGGCGCGCAACAGAGCAAUCUCAUCGUCGAUGCAAGACCCACUAUCAACGCGAUUGCGAUGCAGGCGAUUGGCAAGGGCUCUGAGAACAUGGAAAACUACAAAUUCGCCAAGAAGGCAUAUCUAAACAUCGAGAACAUCCACGUCAUGAGAGAAUCCCUCAACACGGUCAUAGACGCCAUCAGAGAUGGCGAUAUCUCCAGCCUACCUCCCAACCGCGAGAUCCUCGCCAAAAGUGGUUGGCUAAAACAUAUCACUGGCGUCCUUGACGGCUCAGCCUUGAUUGCACGGCAGGUCGGCAUAAGGCACUCGCAUGUCCUAAUUCAUUGCUCUGAUGGCUGGGACCGCACAAGUCAGCUAUCGGCCCUUUCUCAACUGAUGCUAGAUCCCUACUACCGCACUAUAGACGGAUUCGUUGUGCUGGUUGAGAAGGACUGGAUGUCUUUUGGGCAUAUGUUUCAGACACGUGCUGGCCCGCUAAGUCAUGAGAAGUGGUUUGUCACUGAGCGGGAUGCUUUGGCUGGUUCGACUAUGCAGCCUGGAGAGUCCGAUGGUCGAGCAGGCGAAGCUUUCGAGAAUGCGAUUGCCAGCGCCAAACGCUUCUUCAACAAGAACCGUAGUCCAGAUGGAAGUGUCGACUCGGAGGCUGAUAGUCUUGCCUCGCCAGAUGACCAAGCUCAUGGUAGAAAAUCUACCUCUGGGACGCCAGAAGCUAGUGAAGCUACCCGGCCGAACGAGAUCUCGCCGGUCUUCCACCAGUUUCUUGAUGCUACCUACCAGCUUUUGCGACAGCACCCCAAUCGAUUUGAGUAUGGUGAGCGGUUUUUGCGGCGUCUUCUCUAUCACCUCUAUGCUGGGCAAUACGGCAGUUUCCUCUGGAAUAAUGAGAAAGCUCGCAUGGACGCGCACGCGCGCGAGAGGACGAGGUCAGUUUGGGACUAUUUCUUGUCCCGCAAGCAACAGUUUAUCAACCCGGCAUACGAUCCCACAGUCGAUGAUCGCCAAAGCGGUCGCGAGAGGUUGAUUUUCCCCAAGCUUUCAGAGGUGCGGUGGUGGGCGCAAUGCUUCGGACGAACCGACGAGGAGAUGAAUGAACACUUGGAUUUGGCUGCCGCACGAGAAGAGAAGAUCGGCAGCUACGCCAUGUCGUCGGGCUCGUUUACAGGAUCGCCGAGCAAUGGCAGCAGAUCUCCCCAACCGCCAUCCAGCCCCAAGCCGCCUGGCAUGCCUAUGAGCAAGAGCGUGCUGACCGGCGUGGAGUCGGCUUAUGAGGCCCUCACGCCCAACCACACGUCGAAAGCCAGUCUCAAGCAUAGCGCCAGCGCUGAUACGCCGGGUGCUUUCUCAACGAACCUUACCAAGCUGAGGGAGGGGGUUGCUGGUCUAGAUAUUGGACGCGGACUAUUUGGGGGUUCAGGCGGCGAUGGGAGCUCGUCUGCCAGCGGAAAGAACACGCCAAAAAAAGGGGGGCAGGAACUUUCGGAUAUGCCCAAGGGCAGUCUGGAGAUGAGCUGA